ACUGGCGUCUGUUUUCCAAAUCCAAACGGAGGGAGAGUGAGUGGGCAACGGAACGGAGACGCUAAUUUCGAGAAAAUCCCCCAAGUCCGUCUUCACUAGAUCGCUGUAGUCGCCACUUUCCACCGAACGUCUCCGCCCUCCACCUUCCACUUUGCAAUUCACUCUCGCAACCAUGGGUUCCGAUGCGGAUAUGGAGGACUAUGGUUUUGAGUACUCGGACGAGGAGCCUGAAGAGCAGGACGUUGAUAUUGAAAAUCAAUACUACAACUCCAAAGGUUUGGUUGAAACGGAUUCCGAAGGAGCACUUGCAGGGUUUGCUGAGGUGGUACGCAUGGAACCCGAGAAGGCAGAGUGGGGCUUCAAGGCUCUGAAGCAAACUGUCAAGCUUUAUUAUAAACUGGGGAGGUAUAAAGAAAUGAUGGAUUCAUAUCGAGUGAUGCUUACAUACAUAAAAUCAGCAGUGACCCGUAAUUAUAGUGAAAAAUGCAUAAACAAUAUCAUGGAUUUUGUAUCUGGAUCAGCAAGUCAAAACUUUGGUCUCUUGCAAGAAUUUUAUCAAACCACCUUGAAGGCUCUUGAAGAGGCAAAGAAUGAGAGGCUUUGGUUCAAAACAAAUUUAAAACUCUGCAAGAUUUGGUUUGAUAUUGGUGAAUAUGGUCGCAUGAUUAAGAUUUUGAAGGAACUCCAUAAGUCCUGUCAAAGAGAAGAUGGCACAGACGAUCAAAAGAAAGGAAGCCAACUUCUGGAGGUAUAUGCAAUCGAGAUUCAAAUGUAUACUGAGACUAAAAAUAACAAGAAGCUCAAGCAAUUAUACCAGAAAGCCCUUGCGAUAAAGUCAGCCAUACCCCAUCCACGUAUUAUGGGAAUAAUUCGGGAGUGUGGAGGAAAGAUGCAUAUGGCAGAGCGUCAGUGGCCAGAAGCAGCUACUGAUUUCUUUGAGGCUUUUAAGAACUAUGAUGAAGCUGGGAACCAAAGGCGGAUCCAGUGCCUGAAAUAUGCUGAUGGAAUCUGAGGUCAAUCCAUUUGACGGUCAAGAGGCAAAGCCGUAUAAAAAUGACCCCGAGAUUUUGGCAAUGACUAAUCUUAUUGCAGCAUACCAAAGGAAUGAGAUACUUGAGUUUGAGAAAAUUCUCAAGAGCAAUAGAAAAACAAUAAUGGACGAUCCAUUCAUUCGGAAUUACAUUGAAGAUUUGUUGAAGAAUGUUAGAACCCAAGUGUUGCUCAAACUUAUCAAGCCUUACACAAGAAUUCGGAUUCCAUUCAUAUCAAAGGAGCUUAAUGUGCCGGAGAAAGAUGUUGAGCAAUUAUUAGUUUCACUAAUCCUGGAUAAUCGCAUUGAUGGUCACAUCGAUCAAGUAAACCGGCUUUUGGAGCGCGGUGACAGGUCAAAGGGAAUGAAGAAGUAUACUGCUGUAGAUAAAUGGAACACCCAGUUGAAAUCCCUGUUUCAAACUGUCAGCAACCGAGUAUAUUGAUACCCAAAUUGUUGUUUUAUUUACGUCGUGUUGAGGAGUCUCGCGAGUCUCUAAUUUUUUGUGUGUUAAAUUCUACGCCCCGUCUGUUUUUAAAGCACAAUGUGAAUGACACUGUAUCUGAUGAUGUCCCCUGCUACCUAGAAACAGUCACAUUUUCAUCCAAAAUUAUCCAGGUAAGGUCAUGUAUAGGAAAUUAAACCUAUUUUACAGGACACGAGUUUUUUUUUUUUUUUUUUUUUUUUUAGGUUCUUGGAGGACAGACUAUUUGAUUUUACAUGGUAUUUGAGGACUUGGUGAAAACUAGGAGCAUCAAAUUCUUGUAAGACUUCGAAAAGAUAAAAUGAAAUAAAAGCAACACUUUGUGAUU